AUGUUGCAUCUUAAGGGGGGAAAUGAAAUCCAAAAAAUUAAAAACCCCGCUUUGUUUCCACCGGCUGAAAACCCUAGCUCGUCCCUGUCGAAAACCCCAUUUCUUUCUUUCUUCUCUCUCGAUUCUCAAACCACCACCGCUUCACUUCUCCACAUCGUGCUCAAAGUAGCUGCUCAAGUACCCGACAGUGGUCCAUGUGCCACAUACAUCGGCGAAGGUGGUUCCGGCAAUUUUGUCAAAAUGGUCCACAACGAAAUCGAGUAUGGGGAGCUUCAAAGCUUCUUGAUUGAAAUCACCGCAGACAUCUUCGACAAAGUGUUGGAUAAAACAGGCAUGAAAGGGACCGGAAAAUGGACCGUCCAACAAGCGGCGGAUCUAUCAAUCGCUGCCCCCACAAUCGCGACGUCUCUGGAUUCGCGAUUCCAGAGCGGAUUAAAAGACGUACGUGUUGAAGCUGCUAAGAUCUUUAAAUACGGUGGGUUCGGUGAUAUUUUGGAGACUCAAAAUGUGGAUAAACGAUAA